AUGCCAAACAGAUUCUUUUUGAGAUUUGACCCUACCGAGGAUUGCCCGUGCUGCCGUGAACCGUAUUACCCGUUCCCUGUCUUUGAUGGACAUAUUGAACUGGGCACGGACCGAGAGGAAAGCCCCAGCACUGAUCUCUAUGAUGAAACCGAUGAGACAUGGGAAGAGACCACCGAUGAGCAGUCCGAGUCUAACACUUCAGAACAGGAAGAGCAAUUUCACGCCCGACCUUCUAUUCGCAUUGUGAUGCCUGACAACAUCAAGUCCCUGAUCGUCGACGACUGGGAACGCGUCACCAAAAACGGCAGUGUCGUCAAACUGCCCGCCCCCAAGCCUGUCCAUGACAUUUUGCAAGACUGGCGCGCCGAAGAACUUCCCAAGCGCCACCGCUUCGAUGUCACUGUUAUGGACGAAGUUAUUGCUGGUCUGUCCGAGUACUUCGAGGUCGUUCUCGACAAACUUCUCCUCUACCGCUACGAACGCCACCAAUAUCGGGUUUUGAAGAAGAAAUACCAGGGUGCAAAUGAGAAGAGCCCCAUCUUUAUCUACGGCGCUGAGCACUUAAUUCGUCUUUUCAGUGAGUUCAUUAUACCAAUUCGUGUUGAUCCACUUCCUCUCUAA